UCUCCAGUUGUGUUCAUCUCUCAUUAUAAUUAAAGGAAGUAAGUAGAUUUACUGCAUUGUAUUGUGUUAUGCUGUUGUUUGUUUAAAGAGGAUGUGGAGUAUUAGGAAGAUGAAAACCCAUCUGAGGAUUUUGAAUCUUUAUAUUGCUUUUAGUGGUGUGUUGAUGAAGUCUGGAAAUGAUUAUGAGGGAACAGUAGGACAAACUGUGGAUAUCAGAUGUCCUGUUCCAGAUGAAUACACAAAUACACCAAAGUACUUUUGCCGUGAUCCGUGUGCUUCUAAGAAUGUUUUGAUUCAAACUGAAAAGACUGAUCUGGUCGUCUCAGCUGGAAGAUAUUCUGUGGUCUUCACUGUGAAUGCCAAAACCUUCGCCGUAACCAUCAGACAUCUAACACUCAAAGACUCUGGUGUUUAUUACUGUGGAAUUGAUAAAUGGUUUGCCGACAAACAAAUUAAAGUAAAGCUGUCUGUUAAAGCUCCAGCUUCUUCAUUCAGCUCCACAGACACGCCUCAAUACACAGUGUCAACAAGGAUGAAAACAGACUCCUCUGCAGACAGUUCAAGCUCACCCCCAACAGUCCACUCUACAAAUUCCAAAGCACAGACUGAUUAUGUAAAAACAAAUUCUGCAGUCGAUGUGAGUGUUGUGUGCAUAGUUGUUCUGUGGCUGCUGGUUUUCUGGUUUCUUGUGACCUUGGUGUUACUCUACAAGAGAAGAUCACAUACAAAGUCUGAAUCUGUGACCCCUUCCUUUCCUGAAAAUCCAGUUCCAAAUCUUCCAGAUAUCAACCAGACUGUAGGACACGUCUAUCACCUCUAUGAUGAAUCACUGACAGACCAUUCUGUGGUUGGUUGCCCAGUAAAAGAUAAUGCAUCUUUAAUCUAUUCAACAGUGCAAAACUGUAGUCCUGCACCUCAUGAUGAUAUGAACAGUUUUUAUUCAGUCAUCACUGCAACAAAUAUAAAGUGAGGAUAUUACAGAACAGUCUGCUGCAGAGCAUUCAUGGUGCUUGUGGUCAAAGUGUUGAAAGACGCAAAACUGCACGCUGCAUGCUCUGGACACAUGGGGCUGAUUGUGACUCAAUUGUUCCAGAUCAUGUGCAUUUGCUCAUUUUCCAUGCCAUGCUUUGAGCUAUGAAUGUAUAACUCUGAGGCUUGUAGUAUCCCCCAGUGUCUCUUAACUGUGAAGAACAAUAAAUAUUUUUUUAUCUGGC